UGUAACGUCUUGUUUCAUACAGGGUCAUGAAUGAACUUUUACAAGAAAAUACCAGUUUAGAAGUGUUUCUGAGAUACUUAGAUUGUUGAAUCGUAUGUGAUAGUUCUGGUUGUUGUCGAGUUAAAGAGACCAGUGAAUUGUCAGCGUUAUCAGAAUGUUUCCUUGUGUUUUGAAUGGACCUGUUCGUUGCUGGAUGAAGCACUGCAUCUCAAGAGAGCCUUCACUGCAGUGCGCCCUAGAAUAGUUCUGGGGAUUGAGACGAGUUGCGAUGAGACUGGGGCGGCUGUGCUGGACGAGACUGGAAUAAUUUUGGGUGAAUCUCUGCAUUCUCAAAAACAGACACACCUGGAUACGGGUGGAAUUAUCCCAACUGUGGCCCAACACCUACACAGAGAAAACAUCUGUAGAGUUGUCCAGGAGGCCUUAGACAGCAGUGGCAUUGAACCCAAUGAACUCACAGCUGUGGCCACAACAGUAAAGCCUGGUCUCUCCCUCAGCCUCGGGAUCGGCUUGGAAUUCAGUCUGAAGUUUGUGAGACUACAUGAAAAGCCGUUCAUCCCUAUACACCAUAUGGAGGCCCAUGCCCUUACUGUAAGAAUGCUGCACACUGUAGACUUCCCUUUUCUCGUGCUCCUUGUCUCUGGGGGUCAUACUCUUCUUGCACUGGCCAAAGGAAUCGAUGAGUUUCUUCUUCUCGGGCAAACAUUGGAUGUAGCUGCUGGGGACGCUUUAGAUAAGAUUGCUAGAAGUCUUUCUCUUAGGAAUCACCCAGAGUGUUCGACUUUGAGUGGCGGACAAGCCAUAGAGCUUCUGGCGAAAGAGGGGAAUCGACUCGCAUUCCAUUUUAAGUCACCGAUGGGGCAGAUCUACGACUGCAAUUUCUCUUUUGCUGGUUUGCGAAACCAGGUGACAAUGGCAAUAAGGAAAAAAGAGAGAGAAGAAGGUGUUGAAACAGAACAGUUAUUAUCAUGUGUUAAAGACAUAGCCGCUGCCUCACAACACACCGUGGCAUCUCAUAUAGCCAAACGAACACAUCGUGCCAUUUUGUUCUGUAAAUCCAAAGGUCUUCUACCGCAGCACAAUCCAACUCUGGUUGUUUCAGGAGGAGUAGCAAGUAAUGAAUACAUCAGACAGAUUCUGAAAAUCGUCACAGAUGCCACUGGGCUGCAUCUACUUUGCCCUCCUUCAAAGCUCUGCACUGAUAAUGGAGUCAUGAUUGCAUGGAAUGGCAUAGAGAGACUAAAGCAAGGAAAGGGGAUCAUGUCCCAUACCGAAGAGGUCAAAUAUGAACCCAAGGCACCACUUGGAUUAGACAUCACUUCAGAAGUUAAAGAUGCUGCAAUCAAAGUACCACCAUUAAAACUAAGGAUAAACUCUUGACAUUGUGUUGUAAGGGAAUUUGCAUCUUAUUAAUAAAUGACUGUUUAUUUCAAGAAA